AUGGUGGCUCAACGAAAGCAUGUAUAUAUUCCUAUUUUCUUAUAUUCUAUAACUGCUUCAAUGUUCAUGCCUGUGAUGCAAUCAUUCCUAUUUGCGAAAGUAUGCCACUUCCAGCUGGAUAGUAAUGGAACAAGUCUGAAUUGCACAAAUAAGGAGGCUUCUAAGAAUGUAACAGUGCACAAAGAAACGAAUAUGAUUUUCUUAUUCGCGUCGGUUGCCAUUUGUCUUACUGCAAUGGCAUCUUCCGGGCUUAUUGGCAGAGUGAGCGAUAAACGUUCCAGGAAAAAAGCUCUACUAAUUCCAUUUGUGGGAUUGAUAUUGUCAGAUGUCACUUUGAUUGUUCAAGUUUACUUUGACCAGAUUUCUCCUUACUUUCUGAUUGUCUCCGAGUUUAUUUUUGGAUGUUUCGGGGGCUACAUAGCCAUUUUUACAUCCGCAUUUGCAUUUCUUUCUGCUUUCAAGUCUACAGAUGAAGUUAGAAGUAAAUCAAUAGCGAGAAUGGAGGGACUGAUUGGCCUAGGAGGUAUGGUGGGGUUCAUGAUUAGCAGUCAAAUCGCCAAAAUUACUUACUUCUAUGGUUGUAUCAUAUUCUUUUGCAUUCAUUUCCUCUGCCUAUUGUAUAUAUCAUUUGUCACGGAGGAUAUAGAAACUGAAAGCUCUAAGGAGGCGGAAAUUUUAACUGAUCAGGAAGUUGCUCCAAUCAUUUCUGAUAGCAGAAGAAGAUGGGUUGUUAAAUUAGUAUACGUCUGUUUCGCCUGUUCGUUCUUUGCUUUCAUAGGUUCAACUCAUAUCCUGUUUUUCUACUUGAAAAGCCGAUUUGAUUGGGACGCUGAGCAAUACAGCUAUUUACGUGUUGGGAUACAAUUCAGCUCAACAUUUAUGGCCCUAGUUGCAUACCCCUGGUUAAAAGGAAAGGGCAUCAAAGAUACAACACUUUCAAUCGUGGGACUAUUGGCGAGAGCCCUCAGUAAACUCUGGAUAGGAGUAGUGCCAAACGCAUCACUAAUGAUAACAUGUGUCUUUUUUGAAAUGUUUUCGAGGUUUCCUGCUACAGCUUUGAGAUCUUUGAUUGCAGCCAACGUGGACGCACACGAGAGAGGAAGUGCAUUUGCGAUAGUAGGUACGAUAGAAGCGUUCUGUAAUCUUCUGGCUGCUCUCGUGUUUCACACUCUGUUUCCGUUUUCACUCUCCUUCUUCCCACAAUUGUCUUUCAUUGUUAUGGCGGUUUUGAUAAUCCCUCCUACAUUCCUGUUAAUGUUAUUCAAAAAAAGCUUCGUGGAGAACUGA